AAUCUUCCCACGGAAAAAAGGAUUAUUUUACUACGGCGCGCAACAUACAGCGGAAUAUGUUCUAGCUAGCGUGCUUCUAUGCACUCUCCACCGAAAAAAUGACAUUCGUAUUCCCGUCCAUAAAUGGGAGGAAACCAGAAGAGAGAAGUGGCCAUGUGGCGGUUCAUUUUGACGGCUAUAUAGUGGUCUGGGGAGGCUACCAUCGUGUACGUAUCGAUUAUCACUUUGAAAAUAAGCGGCUAUGAAUUCAUUCUUCGGGCGAUACGCUAACCUUACGUUUUAUAGGAUCACCAGAGGUUAGAAAUCUCGCGCUUCCUAGAAGAUGCUCGGCUGUAGCAUCAUGUUUAUGUUGUUACUUUAAGAUUUUAUCCCCGGCUUCCCCCGGUUGUCCCCUGGUACUUGACCCAUGCUAGGUAUUCGGGAACCCCUGCGGGUUUGUAAACCGUACGAUAUGUACCAUGUUUAGGGGGAAAAAGGGACAAACCUCUUUAUGUUGACUCAUGACCUGCUGAAUAAAUAGAAAUGAGCCUCUUCGAAUUUGGAUCACUAAAAACUCAGUGAUACUUUGUUUAGGACAGGUCCAGGUCCAGACUUGAUGGAAGUUUAAAAUACCUGUCCAGGACGACAGGGCCAAAAAACCAUACCCUAUCCAGCGGUAUGUCCCCACAUACACUGUAGUCAAAUGAUUAUGAGCAAAAUUAAUAUAAUAUUGUUAUUUCAUUUCAGCAUGGUCCCGAGGUGGCUUUUCCCGGAGUUCAUUUUGUAGUUGAUAAAUAUCACCAUAGUAACGAGGUGUGGCUGUAUUGCAUUGAGACAUCCACAUGGUAAGCUCUGCCUUUCACGUAAAAAGCUCUCUUUCAUAUUAGCGUUUUGUCGCAACAUGGUGGUUGUCAAUUCUUGAAAUCAUUUCUAUACACAUUUUGUUUAUUACAGCUCCUGAUAUUUUUAGGAAGCAAAUUGAAACAAGUGGAGAAGAGCCACCUCCUAUGUCAGGAUCAUCUGCUUGUGUAAUGGAAGGAAAAUCAAUGUUUAUCUUUGCUGGACAUUGUGAUGGGGGACCAACCUCCACUGUAUGUUGGUAACUUGGCCUCAAUACAUGGUUUUCAUUAAGAAUUCUAGUGGCAGGAGAAAGGUGUAACAUUACAGGAGAAUAUUGGAAAGAGGCUCCAUGACUGAACGUUAGCUGGGGAAUUCUGCGUAGUAAACAGAGAAUUCUCUGAUCUCCAAUGCCUAUAAUAAACACCCUGAAUACAGUUCUUGUUUUGCAGAAUAUAAACUUCACAUAAGCUUUUGUGUCCUCCCUGACAACUCAAAUAAUUCAGGUGGCAAUCAAUAUCAAUGUUUCAUGUCAUUUUCUUUCUGUUUAAGGUUUUUGUAUUAGAUUUAAAAACAUUUGUCUGGGAAAAUCUGUCAAGCAGGAUCCAGGGAAACCCUCCUUCACCAAGGGACAAACUGUGCUGUUGGACUCACAAUGAUUUGUAAGUUGUAGCGAAUGAACAGUUACUGUAAUUCUGACUGUACUGAGACACGGUUCAUUUCAAAUACAAGAUGCAGUUUUUUCAUCCAAUAUCCAGGCACUGAGAAGAUGCCUUGUCAUCAAGAUAACAAGCUGAAUAUUGAAUUAAACACUGUGUCAGCUGAGAGUGAUAUUUGUUAUAGCUUCUUUAAUAACAAGUCCUAAUAUUGCGGUGUUGAUCGUUCAUAAUUGCUACAAAUAAGUUCAAGUGAAUUAAAAUCGAGUUUAUGUAUGAAUAAGUUAACUUACACAAUUUUAUAUCCAUGGUUCCACCCUCCCAAACCCCCCUCACCUCAAUGUGCUGCUCUUUGUCAUAGUGGGGGACUGUGCCUUGAUGAGCCUGUUGGCCAUAUCAGCUGGAUAUGACACUACCAUAAUCUCUCUGUGAGCAUUGGUAUUGAUCAAUAAUAAUAUAAAUAGGUUCCUGGAGACAAAGAGUAUAAAAAGCACUAAAUAUCAAAUGGAAUUAGAAUCAUGGUAUUAUUUGCAACUAAAUUUCACCGUAGGAUUCUAUAUUUUGGAGGAUAUGGCUUGACUCCAGACCCUGAGAGAGUAGACCAGUCUAACGGAUAUUUCACUUUUAACUCCAGUGGUGAGGAGCAAUUUACAGUAAGUUAAAAAUUAUAGUAUUCUUAAGGUUUCAACAAGACCUGGGUGAGAUAAGCCUCUUGGAAGCUACUAAGUGAUAGCAGUUAGGAAUAUGGUUAAUAGGGUUGAUCCAGUCCAAGUUUUGUUGACCCUGGUAAUUUCUGACUGACUUAUCUCAUUUAUUGCUGUGUUAUAAUUUUUGUGUGUGUAAUAAUUAUAUUAUUUUCACUGAUUACAGUCAACAACAACAACAACAUCUUUAUUUCUUACAUUAAAUAUACAAAUAUCACACCACCUGCAAAUAGCAAGGCUAAUCGAGGCAGGUGGUGUGUAGACGGCUUACAGUGGAACCUCGAUUAAAUGAACCGUUAUAUUAUAAAGACGUCCUCGGUAUAACAAACAAUUUUCUUCAGCCUAGCCAAAAUUACAAAUGCAUGGAACAGAGCCUCAAUAUAACAAACCUCAAUUUAAUGAAAUCCUCGUUAUUACGAGCACAAUCCAGAAACACAAACAUAAAAUAUACCUCGUAUAAGGAAUAAAUGUCAACAUGUGACCGAAGGAUAGCUAAAGAGGAAUAUGCAAAACAGACCAAUACAAGGAUAAAAUUUUUGUGUACAGCAGUUUUAAGCAGUUUUGUUUGCCUGUUCUUGUGUUUCUAGUGCCAUACCUAUGUACAGCUCUGAACUGAGACAAUAGAUUUUUAUACAAAUGUUUAUUACAGAAAUUGGUCAGAUCUGGAAAUGCUGGGCAUUGGAAAAAAAAAGACAUUUAGCUUGUGUUUUUUUUUUUCAAAAUUUAAUUAAAUUGAGGCUUUUGAUGUAAUGAACCCUCAAUAUAAUAAACAAAUUUUUCCGGUCCCUUGGCACUUCCUUAAAUCAAGGUUCUUCUGUAACUAUAUCUUAAAUGUGGUUGGCACCCUGAAGGCUAGUGUGGGAGUGGGGCCUGGGUGGGUUUAAGAUAGGACAAGUAGUUCUGGGGAUGAUCCUGAGCAUGGUAGACAACUAGUUCUGGGGAUGAUCCAUUUCAGAAUUUAGCGAUUCAGUUGUUAAAGACUCUUGGGCACCCAAUCGGCUUCACUUAGGAGGAAUUAAGCAUUAAUCACAAUCUAACUUAACAACAGGAUAACAGAGGAUGGAACAGCCACUUGUUUGUAUUGGAUACAAGUAGUCUAACAUGGAUCCAACCAAAAACAAAGGUGUGUUACAAAUGUAGUUGUUCAAACUGAAAUUCAGGUUCAGAGUGUUUCAACUUUGUUUGAUUCUCCUUGUCUCUUAGCCCUAAUAAUCAUUAGCAUUAAUAAAGUUCAGGAGACAAAAGAAUUUGAUGAUGUCAUUUAUAAUCAUAAGUGACAAAGAAGGUGAGAAUCAAACUAGGCACAAAUCAUUCAAGUCUGAAAUAUUUCAUUUGAAACUACAAUUAACACAAAUAAAUCCACCGCACACCCCUCCCCUUCUUGGGAGGUUGGGAGUUUGGGGAUAGUUAAAUAUGGAGUGUUUCCUUUUUAGAAGCCUUGAUCACAUUGAAGCACUCCUUGUAGAAAUGAUCCAUUCCACUUAAAUUAAAAGGGGUAGCAGGGUUGUCAGAAAGUUUUGAAGUAGACAGCUGAGUUGUCAAAGUAAGCGGCCAGUCCGGGAAUAUUUUAUUUAAGAAAUGCCAUCCGUAAAGAAAUGCUAAGCAGAGUAGCCAGCCAACACUAACCAAGUAGGUGGCGGUUUUUGCCAGCAGCCAGCUACUUUUGACAACCCUGGGGUAGAAUUAUUUCAUUUGUCAACUGAAAAUUCAAAAUACUGUAAAAGUAAGUGCAAAAGGUAUUGGAUGGAUAGGCCUUAUUUGACCAAGUUCUAUCUAUCAUGGAAGCUUUCCACAGACUGGAACAAGGUUUUAACAGUUUGGCUGCUGAUUCAAUUCAAAAAGCUACAAUACAAAAUUACAAAUUGACUUUCCUGUUACAACUACUUUUUUUCGUGUCUUUAGGGCAGACCACCAUCUCCAAGAGCAGCCCAGGCAUCUGCUCAAAUUGCAAAUAUGGCCUAUCUCUUUGGAGGAAGACAUAUGGUAUGGUAAUAAAUAAUAAUAUAGUAAAACGAAACUUGUUCUUCUGAAACUGAGGACGUGUACACAUGGUCUAAAUUCCUUUACUUAUUUCACAACGAAUCACUGGAAUUUACUACCUGACAAUGCUAGAACUGCUAGGAAUAUACGUAGUUUUACACCAUUCUUAGAUGACACUAUAAGUUAUUGUAAUACAAUUUGUUGUUUAUUUUUUAAUUGAUGUACAUUGUUGUAAAUAGUUAUGUGGUCAAAAUUAUUUUUAAUAUUAUCAUCUAUUGUACUCGAUUGUUUUAUUAAUAUAUUUUGUUUCUUGUCAUUCGGAGAUACUUAAUAGCAGCAAUGCUACUCUUUAAUCUCAAUGUUGAAAUAAAGGUUAUUUAUCUAUCUAUCUACACUACCAUAAUCUUCGACAAAGAUUUAUUACACUAUUUGCUAUCUAUUAAAAAGCUAAAAUGUGCCUCCGCGUCAAUUGAAUUACAAAAAACGGUCCAGUUUAUUUCUUUAAGACUAUAAUUAGUUAUUGAAGCUAUUUCCUGUGUUCGGGUUAUUCAAAGCUAUAUUAAGAUAACCCACUGCAAAAUUUGAAUUCAUAUAUAAAACCUUAAAAAGCCAAUUCAGUUUAAUUCUCUUUGCCUACAAUUUGAUGAUUGGAUGCUCUAAAAAGAAUAGUGAAAAUUAUUCUGCAAUAAGUACAGGUGCUACAGUCUAAUCUUAAAAUAUGAAACAAUGUUUUUAGGAAAGACGGCGGAAUGACUUGCAUUCUCUCAACAUGGACACGUUGGAAUGGAGUGGCAGGUGAUUUCAGUAGAUUUUUUAGAUAUCGAAAAAUUCCACAUUCAGUGCCUCAGUGUUGUUGCGUAGUAGACUGUUUGAUGCAUGCUUGAUUUGAAGAAGUUCCUUACUAACUUGAUUUCAUUACGUACUUUCCUUAGUAUCUCUACUACGGGAAAUGUUCCUCAAGGUAGAACAUGGCAUUCUCUAUCUCCAGCAAGCGACAAACAUUUGUUUCUUUAUGGAGGUUUCAACAAUGAUCAAGACGCACUAGGUAUGUAGUAGUGUGGAAAGUGCAAAGUAGUCCUAUAGUUGUGAGUUGUCAAGAACGCGCGGGCAGUCUAACAAAAGGUCUGGGCUUUGAGGCUCGCGCGUUUUGCUCGAGAAUUUCAUGCCUCGCACCUUGAAGUACGAUUUUAAGACCGUUUUGUUGUCCAACAGUAUUCUAGCUUUUAAGCACUUAAGUUCAAAGAGAGAGGUCAAAGAUUACAAAAAUCCAUUUCUCGAUUGACAUCCCCGAAAAGAAAGUAACGCCUGUUCUGUAGGCUAACCUCAACUAUCCAAGAAAGUUGCUGCUUUAUACCUGCAGGGUUUUUUAAGGCAGUCGCUGUCCGUUUUCAAGAGUACCGGUGAAGAGGAUUUCUAUACCUGAAAGAAAAAAGCAUGAAAAGACACGGGCAGUGACUGCACAUGUUUGACGACGCCUUUUUCGGAGAAAAACUGAACACAAAAUAUCUCAAAGAUCGUUGUACCGAUCAAAUUCAUACAUUCUAUCUAGGAUCGUACAAUCUUUCAAAAUCUCUGAAAUCUCUGACUUAUAAUUAUGUUCACUGUGUUGUAGAGUGUUGUAUGUCAUCGCGCGAAUCCGGGCAAAACGCGAUCAGGAGAAUCGACUUCCGGGCGAGACGACCGCAGUUCGUGAGAAAGAAGCUUUGUUGGUGAAUUUUCUGAAUACAGAUCGCGAACAGUCUUGUGGCUCACCAGUAACUGUGAAGAAGUAUGAUAGAAAAAUCUUAGUUUAGACAUCAUGCGAACAGUUGUCUAUGUUAUUAACAGCUGAUGUUUCAGUUUAUUUAUAUUUUGUUGUGUUCAGGUGAUGCUUACAUUUUAGACACCUCAACUAUGACUUGGUUCCAGUUGACAAUCCCUUCAAAUCCAAGGUAAAUAAACCUGUCGUACCAGCUAAAAGGUAAAGUUAAUUUGAACCGUAAAUAUUUCGAGAACGGACCUCUGGGGCCAGGAUGAUAAAAAACAGAAGCAGUUCAAAAAGAACCCCAACAAAUUGAAUAAUUUCGAAUAUUGUGAUUCAUUUCGGAAAUUUAAAUAUUAUUUAAGCAGUAUAUUGCCUUAAUCUUUCGCUUUAUCAGUAUGCAAAUGAAAGUCAGGCUUAAAAAUUGCCAAAAUCGGGGUAUAAUCGGCCAUAAUCGGGCUACCCCGAUGAUGGCUCCUGUAGGCAUAUUUUCCAUAAUGUAGUCAUGUUUUAUUUAUCAGCUCACCAAUGACCCGGAUGUGGCACACAGCUUGUUGUACAUCUCUUCCUGGCGAAGUUGUAAUUUUUGGAGGCUGCACUUCAUCUGUAUUAGACGACGACCCGGUAAUGUCAGUUAACUUUACUAGUAGUCGUGAUCCCAUACCCUAUCUGUGGUGUCUAACACUUGAACUUUCCAACACGUCAUGAAUUAUGUGGUGGACUGAAAUUGUAGAUCUAGCGUUAAUGUCCAUUCUAUGAUGUGACCAUAGAAAAAAACCUUCCUGAGAGUUUUGUCAGUACCGUUUGCUUUUUAGAAUUUUACAAAACGAAGUUGGAUAUUUCUUUCUCGGACUAACAUCGGGGGCAUAAAAUCACUGUAUCAGCGUGUCGCCUUCUGACAGCGGUGCAUUCUCAACUCCACGUUAUAUACUUACAGAUUCUUUAGAGGAGUAAUGUUAUGUUUAUUAUGUUUCUUUUCUGUUGUUUUUUUUUUUUUAUCAAAGUUUACCCUGUUACUGUCCGUCCCAGUUAAUCCAGGCAAUCUACUUCACUGAGUGGUACACUGGAAAGUUUUAACACUAUGUGUUCUCCCUUCUUUAGAAUCACACCGCCAGUAUUCUGAUUUUUAGAUUCACACCCCCGCGCCUGAAUUGGUAAGAAGAUGCUUAUAUAAUAUAUGUAAAAAAACAUGUGCUUUAUAGAAAAGGAGUUCAGAGGACGGUAAUGAGUGUGAUAGACGAGCGGUGUUGUAUUUGUUGCUUUAUGUAAAAGGAUUAAAGGUUAAAGCUUUAAUUGGUUUCAUGUCCUUGUUUCUAUUGGCAGUUGUAGUGACCAAAGGUCCACAUAAGUGCAGAACAAUAUUUUGUUUUUUAUUAUUGUGGCUGUCAGUUAUUUGUUUAAGUCGGUAGAAAACUAUCAGUUGGGAAUAUUUCCAGCAACGGGAGGGGAGGGGAGGGGAGGGGAGGGAAUGGAGCUAUCACCUGACAUUGAGAAGACAACGCAAAGGCGUCCUCCUUUUCUCACAGCCACACAUGCAAGCGAAAUCGUCGGUUUAAUUCGCGAUCGCUCCACUAUCUAAAGAGAAAAAGAAAAUGCUUGCGAUCUACACCUUAGCUAAAUUUUAUAACGCACAACGAUUUUGUGCGAGGGUAAAGCAUAAAGGGACGGAGAACUAAGAGGCAGGCGGUUUUACAUUUAUUCAGACAGACUUAAAUCCUGAAUUUACUUAACAUGUAACUUACAGGAAGACAAUUUUUCCUGCAGGUUGUGUGCUGAUGCCAUUGUCAACAAGUACUACUCCACAAUAUCCAAGCAACUCAAGUCACUUCCUAAAAAUCUCCUGGCGUCACUAUUCCUUCACAGAAGAUUGAAAGCUCUUGGCAAAAUAUGAUCGUCUUUACUAGCUCUUCAUCACAAUCCGAGCCCAUUCAAUCUAGUAACUUGGGUCCCAGAGAGAAGUAUCUUUGGUUUAUUUUUUUAAGGACAAGUCAACAUUGUGUCCGUGGAUUGAAAGCUCUUGGCAAGAUAUGAUCAUCUUUACUAGCUCCUCAUCACAAUCCGAGUCCCUUCAAUUUUGUUUCUUGACUGUCAAUAGCGUCUGAGGUAUGCAAUAAAUGCCUGUAAAAAGGUUAACUUGGGUCCCAAGGAAAAGUGUCCUUGUAAGGAUAAGUCACCAUUGUGUCCGUGGUCAAAGCUGUGAAAUUACCUAACUCCGAAUUUCUGAAAUUGAGAAGCAUUGAGUUUUACUUCUGUUAAUGUUCGGAC